CGAUAUCAUCUCUUACGCGAAAGGGAGCAAUCUCUCCUACUUAUGCUGUUAAAGGAGGAUGAAUGGAUUUAUCUUAAAAGAAGUGUUCUUGUAAAGAGUACAUUCAGUCAGAUAAAUAUUUUAAUCAGUCAAACUCAAGGCCCGCAAGUUUAAUUGGUAAUUAGAAAUUAUACAAAACUGGUAGCUAGCUCUCUAAAACUUUGUUAGUGAGACCGCCUGUUUGUGGAAGGAAUGUCCUGAUUUUGGACCCUAGGCAGAGUGUAUAUCGUUAAAAGUCUUUUCUCGUAGUCGUCUAAGAAAGAGACAUCUCUAAAAGUCGUGCCUCAUAUCAUCAUGUCCAGUCCAGCCAAGGAAGAUCUUCCUAAGGUCCCCAAUGAAUUCAAAAAUGAACUGGAAAAAUUUGAUGCUGCCAAGAUGAAGCACACUGAAACCAAAGAAAAGAACCCCUUGCCCUCCAAAGAAGAUAUACAGCAAGAAAAACAACAUCUAGAGUUUUUAGAAGGAGUAUCUAAGUUUAAUAAAGGAAAACUUAAGAGAGCUGAUACUGUGGAAAAGACCGUCUUGCCGUCAAAAGAAGAUGUUUUACAAGAGAAGCAACAUCAUGAGCUACUUACUGGUGUAUCUACAUUCAACAAAGCGAAAUUGAAACGUACCAACACUAAGGAGAAGAUAGUUUUACCAACUAAAGAAGUGCUUACACAAGAGAAAAUUUAUGAUAGAAAACAAGAAGUUCUAAAAGGUGUGACUGGAUUUGACAGAAGCAAAUUGAAGAAGACCCAGACCGUUGUGAAAAAUUUUAUUCCAACUAAAGAAGUUAUUGAACAAGAAAAGGGAAAUCAAGCUUAUGGAGCCAUUCUACAAGGCAUUGAGUCCUUUGAUCCUGCAAAAUUGAAACCCACAGAGACUCAAGAGAAGAAUCCUUUGCCAACAAAAGAAGUGAUUGAUCAAGAAAAGGGUACUGCUGCUUAAGAUGAAAAUUCUACUAGAAUGAAAUUGCCAUCUAUAGCUCAUAUGCUCCAUUUAUUAUCAAGUUUUUUGAUGUAAUGGUCUGAUGCAAUUGUAAUUGUUGUCUUUUAAUGAACAAAGGCGAUGCUAUCGUUCUCUUUCUACCAUUUUAUCAAAUGUAACAAAUUACUCUACUGACUUCAUAACUGCUGUUUGUAUUGCCAGCUAUUAUUAUCAUUAUUAAUGGUUCUUGCGGGUUUUUAUUUCUGAGAAAUUUUUUAUAACACAUAUCAGUAGCAUUUCAUAUUCUUCACUCGAGUUUGAAGUAAUUUUUACAGUUUUGGAAUUCUUUUUACAAGUUUGAAAUGAUACUUUUUUAUGACAUGGAACAAUGUGCUUUGUACUGCCAAUACUCAGCACAUCCAUUGCUAAGAUUUUAAAAUUUUGAUGUUUAGGAGGCAAACCUAUAAAUAUACAUUUCAAAAUGCAUGUUGCUACCUAAGGUUUUUUUAAACCUAUAUUAUGAAAUGCUAAUAAUAUAUUUAAAAUAUUAUGAAAUGCUAAUAAUUCUAAGUGGCAUAUAUUGACGAUGCUUUGAUAGCAAAAUGCCAUGAAAAUAUUGCUUCCAAUGAAUAAAUAAUGCUUUUCUUGGAAGCAUGUGUAAAUUCAUGAUUAGACAUACCGCUCAAUUUCAGUGGGUGUAAAAUAGAUCUAUUAAAUGUGAAAGCUCUGUAUAUGUUUAAUUUACUGUAUCUGAAGUUUUAUUGUUUUGUGUCCUUUUUGUGAUAUUAUUAAAAUUUCAGAGAAUUAAUGUAUAAUAAAUUAGUUCGCUUGUAACAAAGUUUUCAAAAAACCAGCAGUUGUAUAUAAUAUUUUUAGAUGUUCAAUAGUGUUAUCAGUUUUUCUUGAAAUGUAUAUCAGAAAUUUAGUGUUUUCUUUUGGAUAAAAUAUUUUUCUUUUCAUUUCGUGCAAAAUACAUUUAUUGAGUUACCAAUUUUUGCAACAGGAAAUCAUGAAAUAUCAGUGCCAGCAGAAAUAAAAAUGUUUUUAUUAAACAUCAUAACUUCUGUCACACGUAAAUUUUCAAAAACAUUUUCCUCCUAUGCAUCUACCAAAUUAAAUGUAAUCUUCUUAUGAAUUUGCAUGCAUCAAAGUUUGUAUUAGAUUUCCAUUUAGAAGUUCCAUUUUUUGUAUACUUUGCUAAUGAUGAAAUUCCUUGCCAAUUGCAUCUCUCUGUAUUUGUUUAUACAUUGUUAUUUAUUAAUGUAUUAAAGAAGAAAUAAAAGAAAAGCAUAUUUGUGCAUGUAGAAAAGUAAUAGUCUUUACUGUAUCAAAAAAGUAUGUGUCAUGUAGUACGUAGAAUGAAUGUUGAAAUGAUGAAAUAAGUCGUUUUCUAACUGUAAUAAAAAUUUAUUCCUUUAAGAAACAGUAAUGUAUAAAAGUUUGAUCUCAUUUAUUUUUAGUGAAGCUUAAAUAAUUAAAUUGUGAAGCUUUUAAAAUGUUUUCUUAAACAUUUAAUUUUCAUUCAAAAGAUAAUUUGAGAAAUUGGUAUUGUUUUACAUAUUAUACAAUAGGCUUCAUUUAAAAUACUUCUUUUAUUUAGAAUUAUUAAUAUGUGCGUUCAUAAUUUUAAUUAAAAUUUUUAAACAUAAAAAUUCUUUGUUUUAAUGCAUGCCUUUUUAUUUAUUUCAAAUUUUGUAAUUCUAACUCUGUACUCGCUCUUUUACUUAAAAUCUAAGCAUAAAGUCAUUUUGAUUUUACUAUAUGGAUGUACUUAUAUGUAUUAUUGUUCAUCAAUAUCAUGUCAUCAUCAUCAAGCUCUCGUGGUGCUGUUUUGUACAUCAGUCCUCAGUUUUUAUAUCUCAGACUUAUUUAUAUAUAAAAAAAUUAAUUCAUUCAUGUUUUUAUAGAAAGCUGCAUAGCAUUAUUGGUUUUAAUAGCCUUUUAAAUUUUUCUACUUUUAUUAGCAUGUUAUUUGAAGUAUAUUAUGGGCAUUCCUCCUGUUGAUUAGCCUUUCCUAUUGAUUAGCCUUUAUGAGCAGUAUUGAGGUACUAUUUCAAUACUCUACAAUAGAAUUCUUGCAUUAAAAUGUCCUUUGUGUUUAUACAGAAAAAUAAAAAAAAAUGGUGAAAAUAA